AUGAGUGAAUUUCCGAUAAGCCCUCUGAUUUUAAUUGGGGUAGGUUCCAGUUUUGCCUGUUCAGGCCUCUUUUAUAAUUUAUAUCAGGAUAAGAAAAGGGAGCUGAUGAAGCUGAAGCAGAUACCAGUAUUCCGACCAGAUCACCACUUGGCCAUGGUGCUACAUUCAUCUCCUCACAAGAGGCUGCAAUAUGUCGCAGUAGAAGGUUUGGUUGAGUCAGAUGAAAAGCCACUUGGCAGCCAAUUUGUCCCAAGAUGCUAUGGUGUGAUACAGAAGAUAAAGGUUGCGGAACAUGGGGAAUACUGGAAUCCCAGUUCUAAAACAUGGAGCUCCCGGCCUACCAACAGGAGAGAAACCAACAACUCUGUGCCCUUUUCUCUUAUCUCUCCUGGCUCCUACAUCUCUGACUUCCACGUGCAAGUGCAAGACUCCUCACAGGGCUCGGGGUAUUUUCUGGAGAGGGUUUACCACAGAGUAAGACGAGCAGAAGAGGGCUUGGUGAACGUAGUCUUGCAGGGCAUCAGUGGUGAGCGAGCGGUGGCAAUGGAGGAAAGCGAAGAGAUGCUACGGGUGGGGAGCAACCUGACAGUGUUUGGGGAGGUGGUUCUGGAAGAUGGUCACGGGAGGCUGAGGCCCCCAAAGGACGGCCGGAAGUACCUUUUCAUUCCCACUGACUACAAGAGCUACAUCGAGCGGCACGAGCAAUCAGCUAGUAUGUGGAAGAUGCUAACGACCGUUUCGGGCAUCAUUGGCGCCUCUUUACUCGCUGGUGUUAUUUGUGACACUCUGGGAAAACGAGAUAAUAGAUCUUAA